UAGUGAUCCCGUGGAAGCCUCCCCAAUUUUCCCACCGACACUUCCUCAUCCCGCCAGCUCCAGCUUUGCUUGUUGAGCAUUUUUGGUUCGUGAUUGCCCUGUGAUCCUAGCACUUGGAUUAGGCCUUCUGUCUCGUGUAAUUAAGGUAGUGAGACCUGACGCGUGGGAAGCCCGGGGGAGUGACGAGCUAGACGGCUAGGCACUUUCGGACUUAGUUUUUGUAGCUAAGCCGUUAGUCACCCAUGCUUGACUUAGAAAUUUUUGUGUACAGAACUCCCUUAGUUAUGGUCACGACUGUGUAAAUAAAGUUAUAAAUCUUUG